AUGCGAACAAUCAGUCUGUGGUUCGCAAUGGCAUCGGCCGGUUUAACUAUGUGCACUGGUCUGUUGGGCCAAGCACCCGUGGUUGGAAGCAAAAAUGCAGAAACCUAUGAAAAAAUUCAUAAUCAAGAGGCAGCAUGUGAUAAUGGUGGUAUCACGUGGUUUGGAAGUUCAUAUACAGGACCGGGUAAUAAGUUAUAUGACGCGAACAAUAAGUUUAUCGGAUGUUCGUUGCCUAGGACAGAAAUGGAUAAAGUCACGUUCCAACACGAUGUCGAUUAUAACAAUAUGACCAACCCGACAAAAGAUCAGGUAUGGGAGGCGGAUAAAAAAUCAAUAUUGGCAGCAAUGAACACUACCGACAAAUACUAUGGUAACGUUGCCACCAUUGUUGGCCUCGGACUCAAAAACAUUGCAGAACGUACACACGAAGCCAUAACCGGCAGUAAUAGUGCAAUAUAUCCACAGUGCGGUCGUGUAGAACCGGAACAAAAGGACAACGCCGCACAAGGAGCAGAGUCCAAGGGUAAUGAAGAACCACCUGAUACCACAACAAAAUCAACAAAUAACACUGACUCAAACGGACAAUUGCGUACUGAUCACCAGCACGUCGAUAACUUCGAUAAUAAUUUUUCAACUAGCGGUAAUAAUAUGGAAACUCCUACAUCGUCGUCCAAGAGGGCUGCUGAUUCCCCAGCGGGUGCUUCCUUUAGCAAGAAAUCCAAUAUGGUUUUACCUGGUACUGCUAGCGCCACUGCUUCUGACAGCGAUACGGGAAAUCCCAGUCCUGAAAAUGCUGUAUUACCUACACCCAAUCACAUUACAACAGGCUAUACUAUGGUAUUCAAAAAAUGUCAUUCAUUUAUAUCAUACGGAUUGGCUUGGAAAAUGUUGGACUUAUCUACUACAGUAAAAGGAUUGCACGUGGUAACAACUUCGUUGAAUCACAUACUGGUCGAAUAUCCGUUUUUGUAUUUAUCGCCCAGCGAAUACAGGUUAGUGAGUACUACACCGGGUUCAUUGUGUAAACACGUAAAAGUAAAUGUCGUAAUGCGUAAUCCGCGAACGGCCUUCGAGACCAAUGCAACUACGUCUAGUUUGGCUACACUGAAUCAAAAUAAAUUUGCAAAUACGAUUAGUUUCAUAAAAAUAUAACCGGUACGCGAGCUGGUCAUUUACGUGUUUCGGGCGGCUUGAUUCGAUCGUCGGGUGGGAGAAACGAAUCACCACAACAUUUUAUAAAACCGGUGCGGGCGCAACACUGAUUUAGUCGUUUAGUCGAUUUCUACAUGUGAAUACAUCACACCCCGCGUUUCAAUAUUAAUUUUUUUUUACAAAUAAUCAUGUCGGCGAACAACAUUAUAACUACACACGUCAUCAUCAAUCGUGAUACGCACGCUAUGCUUAACGACUUUCUACAAAAACUGAAAUCGUUACAUAAUCAACAAUGUUAUAAUAUAUUAAAUAAUUUAAUAUAUUAUCAGAAAUUGAUUUCCGUGGACGUUACCUACGCUACUGUAUCCGGAGAAGUUUACAAAUCCGCACAUCAGCAUUAUAAUAUCCUAUUCAACGCCGAACUAGUAGACGACGUCGCGCGCGCCAUUUACGUCAAAGAUAUUUGCGAUUAUGAAGAAUUCUGUACAAUAACAUGGAAAAUGAAGUCUUUGAAAUCAGCAUUCGUCAAGUGUAUCGCCAAUUCAUUUCCCGUCACGGCGUCGGCGUUUCAUCAGAUAUAUACUGAAGAUGUCACCGGGCAUUCGAACGCUGUACCAAAUCGGGAUGGCGUCGAUAUAAAUGAUGAUUUCACACAUUAUUUUGAUAACGAUGACGUUUCUAAUUGUAUGAACGGCGUGUUAUUCGAAAUAUUUUCAAAAUCGUUUUCCAUUUAUGUCGAAUCACCAUCCGUUAACCUUGGAACGCUGUGCAUGGAGAUUGCGGUUGGUCUAAAAACUAAAUUAUUACGCGACGUUGUACCGAACAAUUAUAAACAUGAAAUAAUCGAUAUAUUGGAAAAGGUUCGAUCCUAGUUUAUUAUACUCGAUCAUUGCUUGCUUGGCUGCUCACCCCUAACAUAACUAUAAGGAUGUCCGUUAUGCCCCCAAUGUUAAGAUUAUUGUUGGCUAUGUCACCGGAUUUAUUUCCUGACACCUACAAUCCGGCGGGCUAUGCGCUACGAGUCGUAGAACACGGGGACCAGGAUCAGCGUCAUUUAUUUGAAUUCGAAGCCGGACAGCGCUUUCCGUGGUCGACACCCGCCGCAGACUCUCUGAACAUUCUAGAACUUUUAUCUACUGAAUUUCCCCGUUACAACGAGAUACUAAAUGAUGCGUAAUCUUUUCACUGGAGUCAUAUGGGCUGGCCAAGUAGUGAUGAUGAUGAUGAUGAAGCCUGUUACUAAAUACUGCAUUGGAAGAAGGUGCUGUUAUCAAGAUUUGACCUAGAUUCUAUGUAGUAUUUUAUUUAUUUAUGUGUGAAUAAAAUAUUCUUAAAUAUUAAAUAAA